GGGAACCAUCUGGAAUCACCGAGUCAGGUUUCUUGAAGACAGGGUCCUGAGCUCCUGGACAUCAUUCACCAUUUGGAAUGCUGGCAAGCAAGGCAAGAAACUCUACAGGAGCUUGUCAUCAGCUAAUCGGAAAAAGGUAACCGCAUUUUGUGAUGUUGAUGAAAAGAAGAUAACAAAGGGAUUCUACACUUAUGAAGAAUCUGAGGAGAGACCAAAACCAAAAAUUCCUGUAUGUCACUUCAGAGAUGCAACUCCACCAUUCAUUAUCUGCGUGAAGCUGGAUUUGACAGGUGGAGCAUUUGAAACAAACCUGAACAUGCUGAACUUGAAGGAAGGGAUGGAUUUUUAUCACUUCAGCUAA